AUGACUGACAUAAUGAGCUUUUUCACCAAGCUGAUGCUGCAGGACCGGAGCUCACGGGCUCGGCAGGACAAAGGGCGCAUCGCAGAGGGCUCCUCCCGCAGACAGCCAGGCCCAGGGGGUGGCCAGUGCUCUCCCGGUUGGUUACUCCCGUUGCUCCAGGAGCAGGGCCACGUGCUGCCCGGUGCUGACAUUACCCGUUGCUGCCCUCUAAGGCCUCACGCGUGCUCCUGCCCCAGGAGCCCCACGCACUGGCUGCGGGGUCACACGUGCAGCUCUGGCUUUCCGGAGGCCGGCCCCUUUUCGUGCGGCACAGCGCUGCCCUUCCCGCACACCUCACCCCCCCUCACAGCUCCCCAGCCCGAAGCCCCGUGCAUGCGCUGUGCCGCCGCCCGGGCCGCCCCGGCUCCUCUCCCGCCCCGCCGUGUCCCAGCACUGCCCGUCCCGGGGCGCUCGGAGCCAAGGGCCAGCUCCAGCCCUGCUCCCGCACCACGGCCCUGGGGAAGGAAGGGCGUUUCAUGCCCCCCGACAGCCACGACGCUGAGCGAUGGCAAGCGGUGCCUCCCGCCGCCCCCCGGCCUCCGCCAGCGCCGCGGGUGUCCCUCGCGGCGGGAUCCGCUGCCAAAGCGCAGGACAACAACCUUCCCCCCCCACCCCUCCCGCCCCAACCUGCCCUGGGCCGCGGCCCUCCCACGCAGCAUCCCCCCGCCCCUGGGGCAAAGGCGCCGCAGGAGGCACCGGGACGCGGCCGCUCAGCUCCGCCGCCGGGCAGCCAUGCACCCGCGGCACUGGGUCGCGGUCUGGGCGCUCCUGCUGCAGGGCUGUGCCACCUCUGCCAGGACUGACGUCCGGAACUGCUCCACGGACCCUCCAUACCUGCCCCCCACGGCCACCAACACGACGGCGCGUCUGGCUGCUCUGCGAGAUGCCAUGCGGGACCGCGGUGUCGACGCCUACAUCGUGCCCUCCACGGAUGCCCACAUGAGCGAGUACAUCGCGGAGCGGGACGCACGGCUGCGCUGGCUCACGGGCUUCAGCGGCUCUGCAGGCACCGCCGUGGUGACACAGGACAAGGCUGCGCUCUGGACCGACAGCCGCUACUGGACACAGGCAGAGCGGCAACUGGACUGCAACUGGGAGCUGCAGAGGACAACCCUGAUCACGUCCAUUGGGCUGUGGAUCCUGGAGGCGGUUUCUACGGGGGGCAACGUCAGCCUGGACCCCUUCCUCUUCUCCAUCGACACGUGGAACAGCUACAGCCAGGCCCUGCACGGCUCUGGCAGGACCCUGAUCCCCAUUGAGACCAACCUCGUGGAUGAAGCGUGGGGUGACCAGCGACCCUCUGCAGCCUCCAGCGAGAUCUACAACCUGACAGAGGCCUUCACAGGGAGCAGCUGGCAGGAGAAGGUGGCUGGGAUCCGGCUGCAGAUGGAGCAGCACGUGCAGCGUCCCACAGCCGUGCUGCUGUCAGGGCUGGAGGAGACGGCCUGGCUCUUUAACCUCCGAGGAGACGACAUCCCCUACAACCCCGUUUUCUACUCCUACACUCUACUGACCAACACCACCAUAAGCCUGUUUGUGGAGGUGCAGCGGCUGUCAGCGGCAGCACAGCAGUCCCUGCAGGCAGCGUGCCCAGGGCCGCUCUGCGUGGAGCUGCAGGACUACGGGCAGGCACGGGCACACCUCCGCAACUACACCCAGGGCAACGUCACCGUCUGGCUGGGCACCGAGUACACCAACUAUGGCCUCUACGGGGUCAUCCCGCAGGAGAAGCUGCUGGAGACCAGCUACUCCCCCGUCAUGCUGGCCAAGGCGGUGAAAAACACUAAGGAGCAGGAGCUGCUGCGAGCCGCUCACGUUCGGGAUGCGGUGGCUGUCAUCCAGUACCUGCUGUGGCUGGAGAAGACGGUCCCACAAGGGCAAGUGGAUGAGUUUUCAGGGGCACAGCACAUCGACAGCCUCCGACGGGCACAGCAGUACAACCACGGGCCCAGCUUCCAGUCCAUCUCUGCCAGCGGGCUCAACGCAGCGCUGGCACACUACAGCCCCGCCAAUGGGAGCAGCCGGCAGCUGUCCAAGGAUGAGAUGUACCUUUUUGACACCGGAGGACAAUACCUGGACGGGACGACAGAUAUCACACGGACGGUGCACUGGGGUGUCCCCACCCCACUCCAGAAGGAAGCCUACACCCGCGUGCUGAUGGGCAACAUCGACCUGGCCCGCCUCGUCUUCCCGCCCAACACGGCAGGGAGGAUGGUGGAGUCUUUUGCCCGUCGGGCACUUUGGGACGUGGGACUCAACUACGGCCACGGGACCGGCCACGGUAUCGGCAACUUCCUCUCAGUGCAUGAGUGGCCCGUGGGCUUCCAGUCCAACAAUGUGCCACUGGCACCCGGCAUGUUCACCUCCAUCGAGCCUGGGUACUACCGGGAUGGGGAGUUUGGGAUCCGCAUCGAGGACAUCGCUCUGGUGGUGGAGGCACAGACGGAGCACCAGAGCGGGGACGAGCCCUUCCUCACCUUCGAGGUGGUGUCCCUCGUGCCCUACGACCGCAACCUCAUCGACCUCAACCUCCUGUCACCAGAGCAGAUCCAGUACCUGAACAACUACUACGAGACGAUCCGUGCGCGCGUGGGGCCGGAGCUGCAGCGGCAGCAGCUGCAGGAGGAGCAUCGCUGGCUGCAGCGCAGCACCGAGCCCUUCGCAGUGGGCAGCACCGCUGCUGCCGGGGCCACGCUGGGCACGCUGGCCCUCGCCUGCCUGCUGUCUGUGCUGCUCUGA